AUGAUCUUCGCGAGCAUCUUGGCCGCGGCGACCGAGUUCACGCUCGACGGCAGCACGUGCUACUACGCGAGCGAGGGAUCGUCUGCCGCGCUGCCCACGGGCACUGAACCGUAUGCCAUCGAGGCGGACAUCAAGCCGGCCAGCGCCGCCUGCUCCAACAAUGGCGGGAUCGUCGGCUGGGGCAAUUACGGCACCGCCAACUCUGUCAAUGCUUUCCGCCUCGAUGAUGGGUGCCAGCGCAUCAAAAACUACUGGUGGAGCGCCGACCUGCGGUCGAGCGCCAGCAGUGCUCUCCUCGACGGCAGCUGGCACCACGUCACCGCCGAGUUUGACGGCACGACGCGGAAGCUCUCCAUUGAUGGCGUCACCGUCGCGACCGACACGACGACGGGCGGCGCCGCGGCGUCCAACGUCAACUUUUGCGUCGGGAAGACGUACGGCAACGAGUACUUCACCGGAUCGAUGAAGGGUGUUCGGAUCUGGAACAACGGUGGCGUCGUCUACGCGUAUCGGAACCGCGCUGCGGUCUCGAUAAUCGGCUCGACCGUGACGAGCUGCUCGGCUGGCGCGCACGGCGGCGUCGUCUACGCGCAAAACAGGGGUGCGGUCUCGAUAAUCGGCUCGACCAUGACGGGCUGCUCGGCUGUCGGGUCCCCGGGACACAGUCGCGGUGGCGUCGUCUACGCGUUGUACAGCAUCUCCCUCUCCAUUGCGGGUGUCGACUUCAUCGACAACAGAGCGGCCUACUCAGCCUCGGUGCUUCACCUGGAAAGCUCGCCCUCCUCGAUCAGCGACGCCUCCUUCACCGGCAACGACGGUGUCACGAUACGGACCCUGAACGCGGAGAUAGACUGGGACUGCCGCUUGGGCAGCUGUGCCUCUGGGCUGCUUCAGCGCGGUCACAGUGCCGUGGAGCCGGCCAGCGUGCUCGCAGCCAUACCGCUGGAGCGGGCCCAGCCGCGCGGAGAAGACCACCGAGCUCGAAACACGUCGCCGCGGCCGGCCGUUUCGCAAGCCUGA